AUGCAACAUUACUCUAUCGGUGUUGGUUCUGACUAUUUUGGACUUUCGUCAGUGGUUGUUUCCACGGCGUUGGUUACUGACACAUCACCUCCAACAGAGGGGAAAAUUCACAUUGAACAAAAACUUGCAUACUAUAGCAGUGACACAAUUAACGUAGAUCUUGACUAUCAAUCAGACAUAUACACGAUCCAUGCAAACUGGAAGGAUUUCUCAGACAUUGAAAGCGACAUAGACUAUUUCAAUGUAGGACUUGGAACAGACCAUUACGCUACAGACGUUCAAGUGUUAACAAACGUUGGAUUGAAACAAGAUGUUUUAUGGAAUGGUCCAUUUAUUCCGGGAGAGAAAUAUUAUACAACAGUAGAAAGCUGUAAUAAAGCUGGCCUUUGUACACAAAGAUCUUCAGAUGGAAUAAUACUGGACAAUUCCCCACCAAUUAUGGGUCGUGUUCAAGCCGGGUCUGGUAUCCAUCACAGCAGAUAUUUACCAUUAAACACGUCACUGAAAUUACAAUGGCCUGGAUUUGAAGACCCUCAGUCUGAUAUCGAUCAUUUUAAAGUGUGUUUAGGACGUCAGAAAAACAUGUGUGAUAUUGUUCCUUCUUUCAAUGCCCUGCUUCACUCUUAUAUGAUUAAGUCGAAUAUAUCUUUGCCCAUUAAAACGCCUAUUUUUGCAACUGUGUGGGCCUUCAAUGGAGUCGGAAUGAACGUUUCCAGUGCAUCUGAUGCGAUUCUCGUUGACGUAACAGCUCCGUACAACAACAUAAAACCUUCAAUUAUGCUUGAUUAUAACACAGUAAAAGACAAAACCGCUCAAUGGGAAAAGUCAAUUAUCAAAGUAUUUUGGGAGUUUUUAGACGACGAAAGCCCGAUAUUUAAUCACGAGUUAUCUCACUUUACCCAUCAUGAAGGACACACACUCGUUGAAAAAGUACAUCUCGGAUCGGAAAAACACUACACCAUUAGCUUAGAUGGAAAGAACUGGCUGCAUAAUGGGGACAUAUAUUUUGUUGUUAUUACCAGUUGUAACGCAGCAGGGCUAUGUUCAACAGAGAGAACAAAUGAUAUUCUUAUCGACUCGACUCCCCCACACCAGGGUGGUCUGAAACCACAAAUGCUUUGGGAAAAUAAUAGAGAUACUAAUGGACUUCACUCUAAUGUCUCCUUGACUUGGUAUGGUUUCUACGAUCAGGAAUCUGGUAUAGAAAUAUAUUAUGUUACUGUUUCAAGAUAUUUCAGCAAACAGGAACUCUCCGGUGGUGUUCUCAUCCAGAACCAUGAUAUAACAUCAGAGGAACAACAUGGAAACUUCACACUUACUGAAGCAUUAAAACCUGAUGAUCUUAUAAUUGUUUCAGUCUGGACUGCAAACAGUUGUUUGGAGGCCUUCAGUUCAAGCCUUUGA